AUGGAGGGAAGGAGGGCGGGGUCGAUCGCGCAGCUGCGCCACCGGGGCCCGCCAGUCGGCCUCGCUCGAGGCGCCUGUGGUGAGCUUGUCCGGUGGAGGUGGGGUUGUCGACGACGAUUUGGGGUGGCGCAUGGGGCCUCAGCAGGCAGCCUUCAACCCUGA